CAGGGGGCGAGCGCUCCCUUCUCCCGCCCAGCGGCGCCUCCGCCCUCCUCGGAGCUCCCCGAGUGGCGCCUCCUUCGAGCGCGGGGCUGGACUCUCCCGCCCGCUCCGUCUGGCUGUUCUGCUGCUGCCGCCCGACGGGCGGACGGAGGCGCAACGGCGCGAGGAAACGGGCACGGCGCUUCCCAGCGCGCCGCGAUGCGGAAUCCGUCUGUAGAAGGAACCUGACUGGAUUCCCAAGGAUGGAGCCCUCCUGCUUUAUGCGCUUCUUGCCGCUCUUGUUGCUGUGCCCAGCAGGAGCCCCCUUCCGGAUCUGUGCCUUCAACACUCAGCGCUUUGCCCAAGGGAAGGCAAGCAAGGCCAACGUCAUGGACACACUUGUCAAGAUCCUCUCUCGUUGUGAUAUUGCUGUCCUACAAGAGGUGAUGGAUGCAAAGGGAAAAGCAGUUCCUGCCUUGGUGGCUGCCCUGAAUCGGUAUCAUAGUUCUAGUCCCUAUACCUACCUCACCAGCCCUCUGCUGGGCCGGAACAACUACCAAGAACGCUAUGUAUUCAUAUACAGAGCCUGGACUUUGCUUUAUCUCCCCUUGCUUUGCUUGACUCUGUGCUGCCUUGGCCGAACCCUGGACUUUACCCUGCUCUGCUGGACCUUCAACUCUUGUCCUGCUUCUGCCAGAACUUUCAUGCUGCUGUGGCCAUCACUUGGAACAGAACCAGGGAACAGAAGACUCGGAUGCUGGACUUCUACUCCUACGAAGACAGACAUCCAGACCGGCCUGAUGUCUUCGCUCGCGAGCCCUUCAUCGUCCGCGUCAGCAUUCCAAACAAAAGAGCUGGUGUUGAUCCCACAGCACACAAUGCCCAAGGCAGCUGAAACUGAAAUAGAUGCUCUCUAUGAUGUUUUCCUGAGUGUGAAGGAACGCUGGGGCACAGAGGAUAUGAUUUUCUUGGGUGAUUUCAAUGCUGACUGUGGCUAUGUGGCAAAGAAACGCUGGGGACAAAUCCGCCUACGCCAAGACCCUGGCUUUCAUUGGCUCAUCGGUGACAAUGCUGACACCACCGUUCGGGACACAACCCACUGUGCCUAUGACAGGAUUGUGGUCCAUGGAGAACGCUGCCUGGCUGCUGUGGUGCCUGGAUCUGCUCAGCCCUUCAACUUUGCCAAAGAAUUUGGGCUCUCAGAAGCAGAGGCUUUGGAGAUCAGCGACCAUUAUCCUGUAGAGGUGGAACUGAACAGAGCCCAUUGGAGAUGCCAGCAAGCCAGUCCAGCUGGCCUUGUGUUGCUGGCCUUAGUCAUGCUGGCUGGCCCAGGAUAUGGCAUCUAAAGCUGUUCUGAUACCAGGGGUCCAAAUGCUGGUGGCUGCCUUGACUCUACAGUGACAGAAGUGUAGAACUGCCAAGAGGAUUCCCUUUUUUUACACGAGAAUGGAUGGCUUGCCUGUGGUCACCCAUGGAGUGAGUUUUGAUGUGGGCCUUUCACAGUUCACACUUGAUCAGCCAGCAUAUUAUGUUUUUGUUGCCCCUGCAGUCCAGUACAAGCAGAUUUCAAACACUGAAGGAAGCAAUAUAUUGAUGCAGUUGGAGCCCCCUCUGCAGCAGAAGGGAACGUGGAUCUUUCAGCACAACUGGACCACUUAUAGGAAGGUGAAUUCUGUCUGGCAACUGCACCAAAGAAGAUUUGCAUGGAUUUUCAGGCACCCUCAUUCUCUUGCAGAGUCCAGGCUUCCCAGGACCAGAUCUGGGUACUGUUUCAGGCUGCUUCGGAAAUUUGCAAAAAGGGAAUCAGCUGGCUGCUGAUGAAAGUUUGUGUCACUGCUCAGUUACAAUCAAAGAGUUGGGAUGGGCCUUGAAAAGGGCCAACGAAUCAUCUGACCUUUUGCCAGAAGGACCUAUCCACACACAGUACAGACAUGGGACUGUACCAUUCUGGACUACAGGUGGGGUUCAUUGAAACUGAAUGCUGCUCCGUGUCAAAAACUGUCUCUCUGUGAAAAGCUGGCAUAUCAGAGAGAAGGAGGCCCCAUCUGCACCAUUUAAAGGAGGAUCACGGCACCUUAACCAGCCAUGGUUUCCCCCGAAGCAUCCUAAGGAGAGUGGCAAGUGAAGGGUGUUGAGAGUUGCUAGGAAGCCCCUGUUCCUCUCACAGAGCUACAAUUCCCAGAGUUCCCUGGGCAGAGGGAUUGACUGUUAAACUAGUCUGAAAAUUGUAGCUCUGGAAGGAGAAUGGGGGUUGCUCCUUGUACUUCUCAGCACCCUUAAGAAACUAGAGCUCCCAGGAUUGUUUGGGGAGCCAUGGUUGUUUCAAGUGGCAUGAUACUACUCUAAAUGGGUGGUGCAGCCAGAGCCAGAUGCUGCUAUCAUUCUCCCAGUUGUGUUACUUCCCAGGGUGCAGGGAGGGUUUUUUUUAUAGGAGGUGGAGCCUACCGGCAUUUUGAAGUAGCACAGUCCCAAUAAAGCUCCACAGAGGACUUUUUCCACAUGAGUAAAUCUCGAGACGUCACCUUGCCAACAAAGGUCCGUAUAGUUAAAGCCAUGGUUUUCCCAGUAGUGAUGUAUGGAAGUGAGA